AUCCUUACUCUGAGGACUCAGGUGGCUAACUCUUUAACAACACUAAAGGAAUUAGAUCAGUAUACUCUUUUGGCUUGAUUUCCCAGGCAAUCACAUUGCCUGCCACCCUCCCCCUUACAACAGUGGAUUCAAGUCAGGUUGAACAGAAAUUUAAACUGCUAUAUGGUUGAUGGAAAUCUUCUACAUCUGGAAAGGAGGAAAGGCCCUUCUAGCAUCUCAUUGAUAAAAAAUGACCCAAUCUUGGGAGAUACUUCAAUCUGAGCACACAUCUUCUUAGAAUCCAGAAUCAAUCACAAAACACAAACUAGAGGAAAACCAGGCUUCAUUAAUUCUGGUCUCCAUGAUUGAGAGUGACUGAAAACACAUAGUAGGGUGUAUUUGAUGUACCUCAGAAAACCUUGUAUGUGGAGUUUUGGAGCAGAUACAAAGAAACUCAGAGUCUUCGAUUUGAAACCUCAUAAUGCCGAUCUGAAACAAAUCCAUUUUGUGAGCAAAAGAAUUAAUGAAGCCUACUCUCCUUGUAAUGAGGCUUACCACUGCUGCAUAAGUAAAAUCUACAACUUCUUGCUGAAGCAUCCAGAAGUCACACUCUGCACCUAUUUCUCUCAGCUUUAUCACACUGGUGAGGGUUUCCCCACCACUGCAUGGAACCGUGAAAACCUAUACCUACAGGGCAAAACAAUGUGGAAUGCAGAAGAAAGCUGGAAUAAAAUACAGAUUUUAUUUUACAGCAGCCUUUACCUCUUCUGCAAUUUUGUGUGUGGCAUCCCCAGGUCAUCCCUUUAUCACCCAAGUCCACCAUCAAGAACCUUAGCCCAGAGACAACAUCCACAUCAAAUUAAUGACUUAACUGGAAUUAAACCAUAUUUUAGGAAAAGCUUUCCACAAGCCAGGCAGGGAAAGUCUGCUGUGCAGCAGAACUUAAAGGCGUUUUCUCCUCCUAGCCUGGCUUCCCAACAGCCUCUCCAAGCGGUAAAAGGCAGUCUGCUACCUCCGACGUCUCAAAGGCUCUCUGUGCUUUUUCCAGCCGUGUUUCUGCCCUUUUGGAGGGAACAUCUAUACCCCAGACCUAGAAAUAUUGUAAGGCAUUUAAAAAUGCCAAAGGAAAAACUCGAUGAAACUCAUAAUUCUGAAAUGUUUCCAAGUGGCAGACACCUCCUCUGAAGAGGAUGCAAAUCGAACCACUUUCAGGCUCUAAAACUGAGAUCACAGAUGGGUGAAAAAAACCAAAACCAAACCCACCAAUAAAGCCACCUCCCACAAAAGUCAACCCACAGCGUAACUGUGGGUCUCAAAUAACUGAUUUUGAAGAUAUCACGCUUUUAUUUUAGUCCGAUACCAUUCCAACAUAAACCCAUAGCAGUAAAACUAAAACCUCGGUAUCUUCCGAUUCCCUCCUGAAAUUCAUUUGUUGCCUGCCCUUAAGCCAGUUUCUACCAGGAAAAUGUAAACCAAGCUACAACCACAACUACAGCCAGACUGUAGCUUCCCAGCUGAGGCAACCUUGGGGGAAACGCAAGACAUCCUCAAUUCCUCCUCUAGCAAGAAGGUGGUUCUGUAGGUAAGGCUGAUACAUUAAUAAUAAAUGAAUAAAGUUUUCCUGUCAGCUACUUGCUUAAAACGGGGGG